UUUUCAUUUAAUUCGUUCCAAAAUAAUACCCAAUUUUCAUUCAUAUAGUACACCACAGUCUUUGAACGGGCACUCGUGCAUUCAAAAACAGUUAAAGCACAGCAACCUAAGCGAGCUUCCUCUUUGUUUUAUCUUUUCUUCUCUCUCUGCAUCCCUAGCCUCCCCAUUCCAAAAAAACCACCUCUAAUCCCCCUAUUAAAUCAUGGAUCUCGAUACAGCGCGCAGCAAGAUCGCCGAAGUGGACCGCAAGCUUGUAGACAUGCUCAACGAGCGCGCACGCCUCUCACUAAACGUCGGCUCAGCCAAGCGACAGUGGCUCAAGGAGCAAGGCGCCGAGGGUGAGCCUGAAGUCUAUGUGCCUGGCCAAGAAAAGCGAGUAUUCGAAAAGGUCCGCGGGCUCAACCAUGGCCCACUCUCCGGAGACUCCGUGUGCGCGAUCUACCGCGAAAUAAUGUCCGCCUCGAUCUCCCUACAAUCCGACGUCUCCGUCGGAUACCUUGGCCCGCCAGGGACCUUUUCGCACCAGGCGGCUAUGAACCGCUUCGGGGAUAGUCUCGGGUACGUUCCGUUUGCGAAGAUUGAAGACGUUGUGGUUGCUGUGGCAAAGGAGGAGAUCACCUAUGGGCUGGUCCCUAUUGAGAAUUCGACCUUUGGCGCUGUCGUGCAGACCUUGGAUAGCUUUAUUGAUCAGCCCUCAGUGCGGAUUCGCGCAGAGGUGUAUCUCCCUGUGACACAGUCGCUCCUGUCCAGGUAUCAAUUGUCGGCGAUCCGCAAAGUGUACUCGCACCCGCAGGCCUUUGGCCAGAGCCGCAAGUGGUUGGACCAGCAUUUGCCGAAUGCCGCGCGUGUCGACGUGUCCUCUACCGCAAAGGCCGCUGAACUGGCAGCGGCCGAAAACUACACCGCGUCGAUCUCCAGCGAGGUCUGCGCCGAGAUGUACCGCCUGGAUGUGGUGGCCAAGGAUAUCACGUCGACAAAGGACAAUACAACGAGAUUCCUUGUCCUCGGACAGUCCUCGGACGGACCCACGGGCGAUGACAAAUCACUGGUGAUGUUCACUGUUGAUCAUAGAGAGCCUGGAGCUCUAUGCAGUGCGCUGAAUGUCUUUGCAAAGCAUAAGAUUAACCAGACGGCGAUUAACUCGCGCCCGUCGAGGCAGCGCCAAUGGCAUUAUAUGUUCUUUGUCGAGAUUAUCGGCCACGAGAUGGACGAAAAUGUUGCCAGCGCGCUCGACGAGAUCAAGGCGUACUGCUUGGACUUGGUCGUGCUGGGUUCUUACCCGCGCCAAUCGUACUAAACACACGUAAUUUAACAACAAAAUAAAAGCACCUUACUCAACAAUGACAAUAUAUAAUUAUUUUAUAAGCAAACUAG